CUGGAGAGGGCAUGAGAUGUGUUGCAAUAGUGAAUCCUCUCUUUGUUGCUCCAGGAUUUCAGAUGUGUUCUAAGCCUGCCGGGGUGAGCACGCUUCCGGGCAGUGAUGGAGACGAGAGCUCAGCACGGCAGCGGGUCGCAGGCCUUGCUACAGGCUCGGCGUGACAGCGGGAGACCGCAUGGGGAGCCCGACCUGCGGGAUGUCCUGAUGCAGCAGGUUCAUGUCUUGUCGUUGGACCAGAUCAGAGCCAUCCGAAACACGAAUGAGUACACGGAGGGACCUACGGUGGCUCCGAGGCUGGGGGUCAAGUCCACUCCUCGACUAGCAACCCAACCCAAAAAUGAGAGGCCCCACGGCUUGCCCGAGCAUCGUCAUUUUAGCCGGAUUCAGCACACGCAAACACACGCCUCUCCUCGGGCGCCUCUGUCCCGAUCCAUCAGCACGGUCAGCACAGGUUCGCGGAGCAGUACGAGGACAAGUACGAGCAGUAAUUCAUCUGAGCAAAGACUUCUAGGGUCGUCUUCGGGACCCGUCACCGACGGGAUAGUCCGAAUGCAGCCCAAGUCUGAGCUCAAGUCAAGUGAGCUGAAGCCGCUGAGCAAAGAAGACUUGGGAGCGCACAGCUACAGGUGUGAGGACUGUGGGAAGUGUAAGUGUAAGGAGUGCACUUAUCCAAGGACCCUCCCGUCGUGUUGGAUCUGUGACAAGCAGUGUCUUUGCUCAGCCCAGAACGUGGUCGAUUAUGGGACCUGUGUUUGUUGCGUGAAGGGCCUCUUCUAUCACUGCUCUAAUGAUGACGAGGACAACUGCGCUGACAACCCCUGCUCCUGCAGUCAGUCGCAUUGCUGCACUAGGUGGUCCGCCAUGGGUGUGGUGUCCCUCUUUCUUCCUUGCUUGUGGUGUUACCUACCAGCCAAGGGUUGCCUUAAGUUGUGCCAGGGCUGUUACGACCGGGUAAAUCGGCCUGGGUGCCGCUGUAAACACUCCAAUACCGUCUGCUGCAAAGUUCCCAGCGUCCCCCCCAGGAACUUUGAGAAGCCAACAUAGCAUCCAUCACUAGUCAGAAAUAAUAAAGUAACAAGGGUUAUCUUAACCUACGUAUGCAACCAACUAAGCAGCUAUGGUCCUGGCGCUGUAGUAGAAGGGUUGGGGAUAUACUUUGCUGUUUGCAGUGGAAUGCUUUUCUCUGUGUGUGCCAUCUUAACUGACACGCUUGUUAGAAUCCAGCUAGUGGCAUACAGAAAAAAAAAGAAAAAAAAGAAAGGGAUGCAGUACAUUGUGACCCACAUAUUGCAUAAGCUAAAGCAACACAGACACUCCUAGGCAACUCUAUUGUUUGUGAAUAGUACUUGCAAAAUUUGUAAAUUAGCAAAUGACUCCUUUUUUUUCGUUGUUUUCUGCCAGAGAUAAUGUGCUAUAUUUUUGUAUAUACAAUAAUAUUUUCAACUGUGAAAAAUAAGUGGUGUCAUAAGACAUGGCACAGUCACAAAAUAUUAUACUAAUAUGUUGUACAUUCGGAAGAAUGUGAAUCAAUCAGUAUGUUUUUAGAUUGUAUUUUGUCUUACGGAAACCUUCUAUUACAAGACUCUGAUUUCCCUUUGGACUUCAUGUAUAUUGUACAGUUACAGUAAAAUUCAGCCUUUAUUUUCUAAUUUUUUCAACAUAUUGUUUAGUGUAAAGAAUAUUUAUUUGAAGUUUUAUUAUUUUAUAAAAAGAAAUAUUUAUUUUAAGAGGCAUCUUACAAAUGUCACCCCUUUUUAUGAGGACGUCAUAGUUGCUGCAAAUAAGGGGUGAACGAUGCGUAUGUUCACUAUAAAAUAGAAAAUAUAUUAACGUUUGAAAUUAAA